AUGGAACAAGAACUCAAGAACCUUAUCAUUGUAUGGUUUUCUGCAAUCAUCUCUGUAUCUUAUUGUUACUACUUAUCAACCAGAAUCAAAGCUGGAGUUUUAAGAUUACUCUCUGUUCUUCCAGUGUGUGCUCUGUUUCUUCUUCUCCCUCUGUGUUUCUCCUCUGUUCACUUCUCUGAAUCCACAGCGUUUUUCCUCACAUGGCUCGCCAAUUUCAAACUCAUCCUCUUCUCCUUCGACAGAGGUCCUCUUUACCCACUUCCCCAAAGUCUCUCCCGGUUCAUCUACUUCACUUGCUUCCCCAUCAAGCCUCAACAAAGCCCUAAAUCUCAAAGUGAGAUCCCCAAAUGGGUUUUCGCCAUUAAAGUUGUCCUAUUCGGUGUGUUGUUACGUAUGUAUGCUUACAAACAACACUUGUCUCCGACAAUGUUGUUGGUUCUGUAUUCUCUGCAUAUAUAUUUAGAGCUUGAGAUUGUCUUAAUGCUCGUCAAAGUCUUGGUCCUUAUCACUCUUGGAUGCGAUCUAGAGCCACAGUCCAAUGAGCCAUACUUAGCCACUUCUCUUCAAGAUUUCUGGGGUCGCAGGUGGAACCUAAUGGUCCCGGCCAUCCUCCGGCCAGCCGUUUACAAUCCAGUGCAGCAAAUAGCCGAAAAGAAACUGAGCUCUGAUAAGGCUAGGUUUUUGGCUGUUAUGGCGACGUUCAUGGUCUCUGGUGCAGUUCACGAGCUGAUCUUCUUCUAUGUUACCCGCGAGAUGCCUACAGGAGAGGUCACUUGGUUCUUUGUGUUACAUGGAGUUUGCACGGCGGCGGAAGUAGCGGUGAAGAAGAUGAAGUUUGUGCGACGGUGGAAGAUGAGUCUGAUGGUUUCACGACUGCUCACGGUAGCUUUUGUAGUUUUGACGAGUGGUUGGUUGUUUUUCCCUCCUCUUAUAAGAAGUGGCAUGUUCGUUAGACUCCCUAAUGAAGCCUUGUUGUUCAUUGCUUUUGUCAAAGACAAUUUUUUUACUUUUGGGUCAUGA